AUGCAGAUACUGAACUAUAUGGAGCGGCAGUUGGCGUCAGAGAUUCGAAUUCGGAAUCUGAAAGACAUUGUUGGAGGUCCUGAGAGCAUUGACGACAUCUUUUGGAACAAUCGAGAUGACCUGAAGGAGUUACUUGAGAUUUUUAAAAUCAAAAACCGGAAAAAAACUCCAAAUGAACGAUGCAUAGUAGAAGGAGAGUUGCUUCUAAGGCGUCUUUGCAACCCCUCCACAAAAUCAGAAAGACUGUUCAAUAUUGCGGAUGGACUGCAAAUAAGCCAUACCACGUUAUAUCGCCUGAUAAAGGAGCAUCCAGAGGAUGCGGGAUGCUCUCAGGGCUUUGCUGGAAGCUCUGAGAGUAUUUUAGAGUGCCGGGUGGAGAUGUUUACAUAUUUGCAGGUUCCGAUACUAAUCUUCCAAUGA